AAUUGUGCUUCCAAUCACACCUCUAGUGGUUCCAUGAUGGAAUUUCUGUCAAACAACCCUAGUGCCAAGAACUUGCAAGUUCUUCAAUGUUGUAAACAAGGAUGUGCUUCGAUGCAUGGCCGUUUUGAGGAGAUUACAUACCAAGCCGAUGAGUCUGAGCAUCAUGUGACAGAGGGUGCACCAAAUGAAUCAAGCCAAUCGGACUGCCUUCAUUACCAAGAAAUUUGGGGACAGCACGAAAGUCGCGAACUUAGUUCAAUAGGCUCUGGACAGAGUCAUUCUGAUGGAGAAUAUGAAAAAUUGGAUCAGUUAGUCACGGUUGAGGAUGAGCAAGAUCUUGAAUUGGAAAGCAAUCCUGCAUCCCAUGCAGGAAAUUCUACAAAAAAUUUAUCCGGUUCACAUUCUUUUUCUAUGAUCCCUUCAACUUACCAUGAACUCUCAGACACUCAUGAGAAUGAAAUUCAGGAGUUUAGAUGGCUCAAAGCAAAGCACCAAAUGGAGCUGAGGGAACUUAGAGAUCAGCAGAUAAGACUUGUCUCAAAAUCUUCAGAUAAUGGAAGUAAAGAACACGAAUUAGCUAAUGGGGUCUUGUCAUCUUUGGUAUCAAGCACAUUACAAGGACUCAACAAUGUGAUGCUCUCAAAAUCUUGUGCUUAUGAUCAAAGAAAUUUAAGUCCCAAUUUCCAUGCUAAUCUCAAUAAGAGCUGCGAGGCGAUGGAGUCUCCUAAUGCUGAGGAUGAGGUCACUGCCAAGAGUUUCUGCACAGGAUCAUUGCUUCCUCAGUCUCUUCGCAGGACAGUUUCUCUCCCAGUUGAUGCAGUUGAUGUAUAAACUUGCCAGGCACAAAAUGUAUUCUUUUAGACAAGUUCAAUACACUUGCAUAAGCUCUAUCUUUGUAUGGUUACCAAGGUCAUCCCUUUUUCUCCAAUGGGAUGUGGCUCUCCGGGAAACUGGGAUGAUGUGUAAUGUAUUUAGUAAUCAUGCGUAAUUAUAUAUACGAGGGGAAAAUGCAA